GUGACACAACUUUUAUUCUCUAUUUCUGGUACUCUACUGCCUGCUGGAGUUGAAGGAUUCAUGUUUCAAGCUGCUGUAACGAAUACAAGUAAUGGUACUCUUACCUCCACUCUCACUACCAUCACUGAGGUGUCCAUGCUGAAUGGCAGUGUUGUCACAUGUUCCAGCGGUGGAACAAUGGAGUCACGAUCAAUCACAGUGGCCGAGCCUCCAUUGUCUCCAUCAACUCCAAUAUUGGCUUCACAACAUAAUGUAGUCAGUUCCUCUAUUAUCACUCUGGACUGGGACUCCCCCUCUUCUACUGGUGGUGUGUCUGUCACUCAACUAUGUCCUCAUUAUCUCCCCAAACCUUUCUCCGGGUCACCAGUCACCGUGGAGACCACCUCAGCACAGAUAACUGUCUCCUACAACACACUCUACAAUGUGACCAUCAGAGCUGUUAAUUGUGUUGGAAUGAGUGAUGCCUCAAUGUUGGUUACUAUACCGUCCAUAGUUGCCUGUCCCUCUUCCCUCUCUGCUGCUAGUGGGGUGGUAAACAAUUACAUCCAGAUACCCCAACCCCCAGUGACCUGUCCAGUUCACGGAGCUCCCUCUAUGGGUAGUGUGAACACUAGUGCCACACUGACAUCCACCCCCCCUGUGGCUUGUCCUGAUGACACUGUCACCUUCACCUGCUCUCUGCCUAGUGAUGUUGAUGGGACCAUUCGCUGGACAGUAACUCCACCGCCAGGGUUGAAUACAGUCAGUGUAAAUGGAGUAGUGAAUAACAUUGGUAGAACAUUAACGCUUGGUACUGAUGAGAUGUUCAUGUUCCGAGCUGCUUACUCUGGACUGGAUGGAGGCAUGGUCACAUCCACUCUCACCACCCUCUCUAUGGUGACAGUGCUGGAUGGAGCUAUGGUACAGUGUGAAGACUUGGGAGGAGCAGGAGGAGGUCUAAUACCCAUCCGUGUGGCUGAUAUACCCUCUCCUCCACUGAACCCAGCACUGUUCUUCAAUCAAAACCAACCCAGUUCUUCCAUUAUCACUCUGGACUGGGACUCCCCCUCCUCUACUAGUGGUGUGUCUAUCAGCUAUGUCCUCACCAUCUCCCCAACACCCCUCUCCGGGUCACCAGUCACCGUGGAGACCACCUCGACAGAGAUCACUGUCUCCUACAACACACCCUACAAUGUGACCAUCAGAGCUGUCAACUGUGCUGGAAUGAGCAAUGCCUCAAUAUUGGCGAUACUCUCAAUAGUUACCUGUUCCUCUUCCCCCUCUACUGCCAGUGGAGUCGUGAAUGUUCAAAUACCCAGUGUGCCUACUGUCGGCUCAAAAUUAAACUUUGGUUGCUCUGGAGAAAAUCAGAUGAGAACCCCUACCUGUGGUAGUGAUGGACGAUGGAAUCCUGACACUGAGGAUUUCAUGUGUCCAACAGUGGAACCUCCAGUGACAUGUCCAGUUCCCGGGGUCCCCUCCAUGGGUAGUGUGAGUACUGUUGGUCAAUCUUACACAGAGGGGUCACAGAUCACAUAUCAGUGCAACGAGGGACUGUUCCCCAUGGGUGUCCUGACUUCCACUUGCACAAGAAACGGACAAAAUGGAGUGUGGGAGCCUAACCCCAGUACGGUGGUGUGCAGGACAGUUCCAGUCAACUGUACUCUUCCUACCGAGCCAUCCAACGGUGCUAUAGUGGACUAUAAGAGGUUGAACGAGACAGUGUUGGAGGGAACAGUGCUGACUUACCAGUGUGACAAUGGACUCUCACUGACAGGACCUAACAACGUCAUUUGCACCAAUGCUGGAGUCUGGAGCACUGAGCCUAAGGCAAUCAUGUGUGUGUCACCAACUGAAGGUCCUACUGCCACCUCCCUAUCCAUUGGUGCAGUUGCUGCUAUCAGCGUAAUUAUUACUUUCUUUGUGGCUGCCAUUCUUGGAUUCCUCACUGGACUCCUAGUGAUGCAUCUUUCCUCUCGUAAGAAGGCAGUAUACUCUCUAGCAACUGAAGGACAAGCUAACGUAGGACCCACACCACCAGCUGGUCCGGUUUAUGAAGAGGUGUCACCUAAAGAGGAGAUUGAACUGAACACUAACCAGACGUAUGGACCAGUAGGACUGUGAACCGUGCAUUUUGUUUUCCACCCAACGCAUACAUUGUCAAAAUAUAUGUAUAAUAUCUAUAGCUAUAACUAUACCUUAUAAGAUUGUAAAUUUGAGUA